AUGUCGUUUGUGCCGAUCAUAUGCGGAAAGCAGGACUGGGACAAGGACUACGCCCAGACACAACAGUACAGCUCGCUGUACUGUCCCAACUGCCACAAUUUCCAGGUAAGACCCGUCAAACGGCGGGAGUUCAUCACGAUCUGGUUUAUCCCCGUGUUUCCGAUUUUCUGGGGCAAGCAGGUCGUGUGUCCCAUCUGCAAUUGGCGGCAAGAUUUCAAGAACGACGAACAAUUGCAGAAAAUCGUGCGAGAACAGGAGCACAUCCGGGCCGGCAAAGCGGGACCCGGCUGA